AUGCGGACCAGCCUGCCUGCAUAUGAGCCAGAGUCGCUCGCGAUCAUGGAGCAGGUGUUUGGGAUGGACCACUUUCCUUCGCGCCCGAUGCGCUCCAGCAUCGCAGUCGCCCUGUCGAUCACCCCGCGGCAGGACGAUAGCUUUGUCCCUUUCAGGAUGAUGGUGAUCUUGGUUUGA